AUGGUUUAUACAAAUUUAAUCAAAAGAAAUACAAAGAUUAAGUUCUCAAGUGACGUUGAUAAGGGUUCUAUACGUGAAAUUGAGGCUCUUUUAUCAGCAGUUCCAGGUCUUGAAGAGCAAUAUCAUGUUUUAAAAUUAAUUGGCUAUGGGACAUUUAGCAGUGUUUUUAAAGCUAUUGAUCUGAAAUAUCAUGAAUAUGAUAAUUCUUCAUGGGAAAAAGGGUUUAAUAGUCUAAGAUAUUGUACAAGACUUUCAGUACAACGAACACAUUAUGUGGCAAUUAAGCAGAUUUAUCCGACACAAUCAAGUCAUAGAAUUAUAAAAGAACUUAAAAUACUUAACGAAUUAAAAGGUAAACCAUCAGUAACAUGCGCAAUUACAGCAUUUCGAUACCAGGACCAAGUAUUGAUUGUUUUACCAUAUAUUAUGCAUUCAGAUUUCAGGGAGUUUUAUCUAAGUUAUACAUUGUCAGAUGUUUCAAUUUAUAUUCGUGAACUUUUUCGAGCAUUAAGUUCUGUUCACGAGCUUUCAAUUAUUCAUAGAGAUAUUAAGCCUGCCAAUUUUUGUUGGAAUCCAUUUUCUAAAAGAGGAUCUCUUGUGGAUUUUGGAUUAGCACAAUGGGAAAAUGAAUUUGAUGCUUCAUGCGCCUGUAGUAAAAAACACAUCCCAAGUAAUCCGGGAUUUUUUGACAAGGAAAAUAUGGAAUCUUUCAAAUUAUUAGAACCAAAUAAUGCUUACAUUAAAAAGGAUUUAAGACCCUGUAAAAAAGGAGAAAGAGGAGGAACAAGAGGAUUUAGGGCCCCAGAAGUUCUUUUUCGUUGUAAAAGCCAACGUUGUGCAAUUGAUGUUUGGUCAGCAGGAAUUAUUCUUUUAACUUUUUUUAUUAAAAGAUUUCCUCUUUUUCAAAGUGAAAAUGACAUAGAUGCACUUGUUGAAUUAACACAUAUAUUUGGUCGGCAAGAAAUGAAAAAUUGUGCUCGGUUACAUGAUUGUUCUUUUGAUGAUAAUAUUCCUUCAGUUCCUGAUUCAAGAAUUGCUUGGUGGCAAUUAAUUAAAGUAUUUUCAAUUAAUGAUAAUUAUUCAAUAUUUGAUGGAGAAGAUAAUUCAAUUAUUAACUCUGCAUUAGAUUUUCUAGAAAAAUGUUUAACACUUAACCCUUCUGAAAGAAUUCAAUCAAAAUCUGCUUUACAACAUCCUUUUUUGAACUUUGUUUAA